AUGUCUUAUUGUUUACUAUCUAACUUGGAGAGCAAACUACCAUCUAGGGUGCUGUUGAUUUGGUCUGCGAGUCACAUUUUCAAACUCGAUUUGUAUACUAGUACUGUUUUGAUUCAUGGCGGAACCACUUACCUUUCUCAAGAGUCUCCGUACUAUCUAAUUCUGUCCCUUCCUCAUCAAGGAUCAACCGGCGCUGAAAUUUCACUCCGGUCCUCUAGAUGGCGGCAUGUUGUUGUUGAGAAUUGUCGGUUUACGGAUUUUGCAGUUUUAGGAUCUCAAAGCUAA